AUGCAGAUUUCUGGGAAGGUUUCAGAGGAUGAAGGUACUCCGGGUUUUCUGUGCUUCUCUCGUUGUCCUCCUCUUCCUGAUUGGUGCCCUUGCUGCCCUUCUGCCCACUGCUCAUGAAGAUUCUAUGUUGGGGGUUCGGCGGGGAGUAUCCUUCUCUGGCCUCUCCUCACCGCACUCUUUCACUCUCAUAAUGCAGAGCUUUAACCGAACUGAUUUGUUACUGAAAAUGUUAAAUCACUACCAGGCCAUGCCCCAUCUCCAUAGGAUAAUUGUAGUGUGGAAUAAUGUGGGGCAGGACCCACCACAGGAGUUGUGGGAAAGUCUUGGACCCCAUCCUGUGUCUGUUUACUUCAAGAAACAGAGCGUUAAUCUCAUGCGAAACAGACUGCAGAAUUUCCCAGAGAUCCAAACCAAAGCUGUGCUAAUGAUGAUGAUGAUGACACACUCCUUAGUGCAUAUGACAUCUCCUUUGCUUUUACCGUAUGGCAGCUAUUUCCCAGUCAAAUUGUUGGCUUUGUGCCUAGGAAGCAUGUUACAUCGCCUUCUGGAAUAUAUAGCUAUGGCAGCUUUGAACUACAGGCGGACUCAGGGCCUGGUGACAUGUACUCCCUCAUACUUAUUGGGGCUGCGUUUUUUCACAAAGAUUACCUAAAGCUCUUCCAAGAACAACCCACCUCAAUCCAUAAUAUGAUUGACCAGACACAGAACUGUGAUGAUAUUGCAAUGAAUUUCAUGGUAGCAAAUUAUACAGAGAAAGCUUCUGGUGUACUGGUAAAACCAAUAGAUAUGAGAAACCUAGAGAAAGAUGCAGGAAGUGGUUAUACGGGGAUGUGGCAUCGACCUGAGCACCUCCUGCAGAGGUCCUAUUGUCUUAACAAGUUGGUGGGCAUAUAUGGGAAGAUGCCCUUAAGAUAUUCCAAUAUAAUGAUCUCCCAGUUUGGUUUCCCAAACUAUGCCAAUCACAAGUCUAAAUCCUAA